CAGAGCCCAAGGCUCAAUCUCUCUUCUGCAUCUUCACCUCCAUUUUGUUAUCGUCGCAGAAUUGCUAUCUUUGGCCUGAAUCUUUUCGUUCUUUGAUCGGCAUUGUUGUUUCACCUAUGCCCUCACCCUGGCUGAUAGCUUGCGGUUAGUGCGGUGACGCUGCGUCAGCUCUAAUCUCGUCAUAAUCCUCAACUUACUCCCAUAACAUUGUCAUUCGACUAGAGAUAAUGAAGUUCCUCAGCCGUCAGAAACUCUCGAGGAACCCCUUCCGGGAUAAUAGCAUAACACUUCUCGUCUCAGCACUCCUUCUCGCCGCGCCUAUCACUAUCUUUUUACUCCAUUGCGUAUAUCAGACUUACUACCGCAGAGGCGCGCACUGGAGCCACAGUCAUGACAUCCUUGAAUUCAACACUCACCACGAGCCAGAUGUGUUGUUGUAUGUUGCGUCCUACAGUGGACUUGUCACGACGUUAAACCUCUCCCUUGCUGAGUAUCGGAAUACGCCUGUGAAACUUGAAACCUUGUCCACAACAGAUGGGUGUGCCGGAAGCCCUUCUUGGCUUACACUCGACUGGUACAACGGAGUGCUCUAUUGUACCGAUGAAGGACUAAAAGAUGGGAAGCAUGGGUCUUUGGUAUCCUUUGCGACGCACGAGAACGGUACCUUGACGCCUUUGGCGAAAACAUCUACAGUCUUUGGUCCUGUGAGUGCGGUCAUAUAUGGCGAGUGGGAUUACGGGCUGGCAGUAGCCCACUAUGGCGGCUCGGCAUUCACCACCUGGGACAUUCAAGAUCCAGCAAAUCUCACGUCGCUCAAUGCCCAACAGUUCAGCCUUCCUGAGCCUGGUCCGGACCCCUCAAGACAAGAAGCAUCCCACCCCCAUGCUGCAGUCGUUGAUCCGAGCAAACGGUUUAUUCUUGUCCCUGAUCUGGGAGCAGAUAUGAUUCACAUAUACGGCGUUGGUUUCGGGAACCUAAGCUUGUCCAAGCUGGAUCCAUUGGUCGUUGCUCGCGGCAGUGGACCCCGACACAUUGCCUUUGUAGUCAAGGAGACAAAGACAUUCAUGUACCUUGUCACCGAGCUGGCCAAUACUAUAAUCGGCUACGAAGUCGUGUAUGGUGGCGAGUUUAUCAGGUUCAAGGAAAUAUGGAGCAGUGGCAUCCAUGGGCAAGGCAAAGACGUGCCGCAAGGCGCUGCAGCUGCCGAGAUUGUAGUAUCACCAGACAGAGAGUUCCUGAUCAUCUCGUCUCGUAAUGAAAGCACUUUUCAAGUUCCAGACUUUGACACCAGUCACGGCGCUGUACCAUCUGAUCCUUUAUUCAGUUUCAAAAUUGACUCAGAAACGGGGCAUCUCAUUCUCCAACAAGAUGUUCCAUGUGGAGGCAGAUUUCCUCGCCACUUCUCUAUCAACAAGGAGGGAACGUUGGUAGCAGUGGCUCUUCAAAGUGAUAGCCGUGUCGUCAUCAUUGAGAGGGAUGCCAAAACUGGAAUUCUGGGUGAUUUCAUCGCCUUUGCAGAGCUGGAAGGCGAAGUUACAGCCGUGAUCUUCUACGAGGGACCAUAAGCCUAGCUCUUUGAAGAAAGUUGUCUCAAAGCUUCUUGGGUUCCGUCCGGCGUCAUAAUGUCCAUCCGUUUCUCUUUGCAUCCCGUUCGAGCAACUGACGUUACUGAGAACGAGAGCUUCAUGACGUAUGUCCCGUCCAAAUACCUGAAACCUAUGGAUAUCGUCUUGAAUUUGCAGGAAUUGCUCAUAUGCAGACAGGACCAGCCUUGAACACCUUGACUUGUAGGUUCGGGUUGACGGCUGCCGGAUCCGAAGAAGUUGUGGGUUGCAGAAUCAGGGACACUUUAUGGUUGCCCAUUGUUCACUUGAUUGGCGUUGGGUUGCCACAACUGUUCGAUCGUGUUGUUGUGACGCAGGGGAUGAUGUGAAGCACACUACAUUAGCGUGUAGGUUGUUGUGUCUUUCAUGCAGCGAUCUCGGAGAACAUGAGAGGCUGUCAGUCCGUCCGGCCUCGACUAAAAGACUGUUACUCUCCCGCGGGUGAAAUCCUUGCCGGAGUAGUAUCGGGCAUUGAAUCUCCCGGAUGCCCAAAAUGGGAAUCGAGGGGACUGUGAAAUUGGAGAUCAGUCACAGCCUGGUAGCAAGGCUCAAGGUGAUGGCCAGGGUGUUGAAGACCCUGAAGAUGUUGUCGAUGUGGGUAGCGGCACGGGUCCUUGGCGACUCGAUCCUCUAAAUGGUUGAGCAUCUCGCUAUAAAGCUUACUGAGUAGGCCUGAUGUACAUACAGUAUCAUCAGCAUCAUCUAUUUGAGUUCUUCCUCACUGGAAACGUGUCUUUCAAUUUGAAGGCAUCGUCUACCCGAGAGUCUGGAUAUAUUCAAGCUGUGACCCGAACCGAUGGGUUUCUGUCUGUGCCGUGCCGUCGUCUGGAGUUCUCUAUGGACAUGGUAGAUUAAGGCGAGCGUUAAUUAGCCGGAAGAUCCAUCAAACAAUUUUGCCAGCAGUUUUCCGUAAGCGGACAGAACGUGCCACACCUUUUAAGCUUCCCCGCAGGUUGACAGGCGUCUCGAGACGGCACCCCAGACCGGAGCAGGCUAAAACCGAACCCCAGGUUGGUCACGGGCUGAGAUUUGGAUUGAACUGGGCUGCGAGGCUCCAACGGAGAGCACUCCUAUUCGGGCCGUUACAUGGAUCGGGCGCAUGAGCGCUUGUCAUGAUGGGUGAGGUCGAGCGACGGUGCGUCUGGGCAAGGCAACGGUCUAAUGUAAAUAAGUCAGUGUAAGCAUCCUAAGCUGAGACCAGAUUUCGAUUUCAAAGCCACGUUUAUUGGAAACAAAGGUGUGUGCGUCAUCAUAAUAUAUCGGAAGAGUCGGAGAUCGGUAUUUGAAAUAUUUUUCCAUAUCAAAAUCGCCAAGUAGGUAAGGAAGUGGAAUUCCAAGUAAGCAUCAAGUCCGUCUGGGGUUGAAAGAUUUGCAGACCCCAUGGUCAUGAGCGAGAGGUCCGGAUGCCAUCCGAGACAGUCAAUCACUUGCUAUUGAAGGUAUUUUCCACUCGUGGCGAUUCUGACCCCGCCGGGGUCUAGAACCAUUCAUGGCCUUGACGGUGACGGUACCGUUGUUUGUCAAAUCGUGGUAGAGAAGCAUUAUUCGGGGCUCAUUAUGCCACCAUUUGGAGGAGACGUAUCUACAAGAUGGGGUACUCGGCAAUAAGAGGAUCGUAUUAUGUCAAAUAGCGACGGUAAAGAGAGGAUUGCAAUAUGAUCAC